AUGUCUUCCUUAAACGAAAUUCGCCCGUUUGUUUGUUCGAUAUGUCAAGCCAAGUUCAAGAAUAAGCAAUUCCUUCAAAGGCACAUGAUUUCUCAUACUUCUCUCAGAAGUUUUAUAUGUGAUAUUUGUGGUAAAACUUAUAAAUACAAAAAAGGGUUAAACAGGCACAUACAAAAAGUCCACACAGAAAUGUGGGAAUCAAUGAAACAGCAGCACCCUCGGAAAAGAUGCAACACUUUUGAUGUUGGCCACUUUUUAUCUCUUGAAGAGGACUCUUCAUACAAGAUAGACGAAGCACUUGAAAAUCAAGUUUUUAAAGAGGUCUCAGUCAAUGAGAAUGUCAAUAUAGAAGAUGCAACUUGUAGAGUUAUUUUUACAUCCCCAUUCCCUGCUUAA